ACAAUGUUUGAAAUUGGUCCAGUAUUGAGGGAGCCAAGGAAGAAGCUGUGAUGGAAAUGGAAAUAUUCCACCAGAGAUGAGUUAUACUUAUAUUCAUAGGAGCUUGUUUGACGAUAGUCAAUAGCUUGUGCACUUCUAUGUCCUCACUACAGUGAUUUAACACUAAAAAUUAUCCUCACAAAGAUAGCAAUACAAUCCUAACCCAACACAUACACACAUAGUGGUUGGAUGGGAACUGGAUAGAUUUCUUGUGAGUCAUGUGGUUCAUGACACAGGAAGGUGGCAUGACAUAUAAAGAGUCUGCUCUUCUGUUUACUGCAGAUCGAUGACAGCUACAAGAUGGCCGAGCCACCUAAAAAAACUCUUGUCGAACGGAUGAGGAGCCUUUUUUUUUCUGAUCCAGAAGUACCACCAACCCCACUGUCUCCCACUUUCAGGGAACCAUGGAGGACCAUACCUUGGGAAGACGAAGAAAGUCUUCAGUAUGUGCGAGACUAUAAGCCUGUAACGGAUGGCAUCAACCAUCUCCGAGUUCUUCUGUAUGGGCCUGUUGGAGCUGGAAAGUCCAGCUUCAUCAACUCUGUCGUCAGCACCAUACGAGGCAGAAUGAGUGUUCCUGCUGCGGCCAGUGCAACAACUGCUGGAAGAAGUUUCACCACAAAAUAUGAAACUCAUUAUAUCAAAAUUGGGAGAGGAGACCAAGGGACAUAUCCUGUCGUCUUCAAUGACAUCAUGGGUCUGGAGGAAGGCGAUACCCAGGGAGUUCAUCCUGCAGACAUCAAACUGACCAUGAAAGGACACGUGAAAGAGGGUUACAUGUUCAAUGCUGCUGGUCCACUGUCAGAUGCUAAUCCGGGCUACAACAAAUCCCCCUCUCUGGACGACAGAGUUCAUGUCCUGGUGUGUGUUGUUUCUGCAAACUCAGCAGAAAUUACAGACUCAGUUCUGAGGAAGAUGGCAGAAAUCAGAGGGAUGGCCAGGGACCAGGGGAUCCCGCAGAUGAUGAUAAUCACCCACAUUGAUGAGGCCUGUCCUGAAACUGAGAAGACCCUGAGGAAUGUGUACAUGAGCAAGCACGUGAAGCAGAAGAUGAAAGACUUCAGCUCAGCCGUGGGAAUCCCAAUGAACUGCAUCUUUCCUGUGAAGAACUACAGUGAAGAAAUCGAGAUCAACGAUGAUGUUGACACCCUGAUCCUGAGCGCACUAAGAAAAAUGAUCAACUUUGGAGACGACUUCAUUGACAAAAUGGAAGAAAAGGAAGAGGAAAAAUAAAUCAGAAUAUAACGCAGUGGGGCUCCUGGGCAUCUUGUAUUGCUUUGAAAUAUUUACUCUCCUAUAGAUCAGCUUCAUUUAAUGUUAUCUCUGCUGAGUCAACACACAUGUGGACACAAUUUACUCCUCAGUCCUCCUUAGUGACUUUUUUUUGGAAAAGUAAGAUCUUUGAAUGAGCAUGUGGAGCCUCAUGUCAGUUUAUAAAUCCCUGGACUUUAAGAUCUCAUACAUGUUGUCAUGUUCACAGAGGAAAGUGGGAAACUUGUAUAAGGAGAAAAUGUGUUUAUGUUUCUGAUCAGCGCACAGUUUUGGGUUUGGGUAUAUACAUAUAUAUAUAUAUAUACAUAUAUAUGUUUAUGAUAUGUGUCAAUGGGUAACAUCAGAAAGAAAGAGCAUGAACAAAUGAGCACUUUUCAAAAACACAAACGUACCAAAGUGCUGCACAAGCUACACAUAAGCAUAUACAGAAAUAAACAGAAAUUCACAUAAGAAUAUACAGAAUAUCCACAAAAGACUGUAAGAGGACUGUGUAAUCCAUUUAUACAUUCUGUUUAUUUUGUGUCAUUUCAUAUCAUCCUCUUUUACUAUUCAUUUACUCAAUUGUUAAACAUUUAGCCCUAAAUAAAUCUUCAUUUA